AUGGUUGCCAAUUCCUCAGAGCACGAUCCUCUCAUUGCUGAAGUCUAUGAUCAAAUAAAGGAUAUGACGGUCAAGGAAGCCAUUCUGUUUGUCAAGAAGCUCCAGGUUGAGCGUAUUCGAGAGGCACACUCGAAGCUCGUGGAGGAAGUAGGCCCGAUGGUUGGCGAGAAGGUGGACCGCGCGAAGGCUGUCGUACGUGUUGUUGUCUCACCUGAGCAUUUGGCACGAGUUCGUGUUAGAUUGGCAAGUAGGCCGCUGAAGCUCAUUAAGAUCUUAUAG